AUGUCGUCAGGAAGUUCUGUGCCUCCGGAUCGACACGAUUCCGCAGAGAUUGAUCCGCUUUUACCAAAGGAACCGUCAUCAUCACUGAGUGCGCAAAAUGGCGCAACGCCUCUAAUACCAGAUAGUGGACAAGCAUUGGCAGAUCUAGAGUUGGCAGCAAAUGAUGUCUAUGAAGCCAUAUUGGAGAAUGAUGAAGAAUACGAUGAAGAUGAACAUAGUGAGGAUGUGGUGUGGUUGAGAGAACAGCGACUUUUGAACAAAGGUAUUCAUUGGCUAAAGCGUCCUAGUGUGUUGAUGAUCUCCACCAUCACUUUCUUGUUAGCCUUUUCCAUUUCAAGUGCCGAAGCCACGAGGCAGGUGAUUACGUUGAAGCUUGCUUGCAACACACUCGGUGCUGAAAAUUGCAACAAGGAUUCGGCACAAGUGUUGAUGUCGAAUUUGCAAUUGGGCUACACGGUAACGUCUGCCACGAUCAUGUUGAUAUCUUCGGGGAAAAUCGCACCCUUGAGUGAUCUUUACGGUAGACGACCUUUCAUUAUAACUGUGAUUCUUUGUUUCUUAGUGGGGAAGUUGCUCAAGUUUUACUUUAUGUACAACUACACCACUUUACAAUUCUACUCAAUGAUUGCGAGUGAAGCUAUAAGCAAUAUGGGUGGAGGACUAAUGUCUUUGGUGGCCUUGUGCAAUUGCUAUAUCUCAGACGUUGUCGAGCCUCAUCAAAGAAUAUAUGCAUUGGGAAUUAGCUUUGCGGCAUUGUUUGUGGGGUUGAGUAUUGGUCCCUUGGUGGGUAACUUUAUUAUCUCUUUAACGACAAAGAUGUCCCCACUGGUCAAUAUAUCAAAGCAGGAGUUUAUUCCGUUGAAGUUUGAAAUUGGAAUCUUUAUUCUAAAUCUCUUGAUGACAAUUUUCAUUUUGCCCGAGUCUAGAUCUGAAAAGGCUCGCAGAAAGUCGAGAUCGCUUUCGCGGUCGCUGAGUGAGGUCAAUCUCCGUGUGUUGCAGCAGUCACCUUGGUACAACCGACUUAUCAAUCAACUCAACUUUUUGAAACCACUCAAGCUACUCAUCAUUCCUGACGAUUUGGUGAAACAAUCAAACAAACACAAGAUUGGUCGUGACAGGUUUACUAUUCUUGUUUUGGCUUUUAUAGAGUGCAUCAUGAGCACCAUGGCGGUAUCGUUUGGAGAGAUUUUCAUCUUGUAUGGAAUUUACAACUAUGAUUGGGCACAAAACAGUAUUGGCCACUUACUUGCUGUAAGUUGUUCCAGCAAAGCCGUUGUUUUGAUUCUUUUGUCGCCAAUAAUCAAUCACAAGAUUCUUCAACAUGGACUCAAGUUCAAAGUGUUUAAAACCCAACUUGAUAUGGUGGACUUUUCCAUGUGUUUGAUUGGGUUGGUAUGUGAAACAAUAGGCUUUUUCGGCUACAGCAUUGCACCUACAUCUUCGGUAUUCUUUAUGUUUACAGUACUUUGCGGGUUCGGUACAUUGAUCACCCCAGCCAUUAACUCUUCGAUUAUCAAAUUUUAUCCUGAAUCUAAAACAGGAGAGCUUUUCGGUGCGAUGGCAUUGGUCAAGAACAUUUUUGCCUUGGUGAUCCCUGUGUUUUAUUUGACAUUGUACAAGUAUUCUGUGAGUACACUACAUCGCCCAGGGCUCGUAUUUGUUGUUGCUGGUACCGUGCUACUUGUUUGCACAAUUUUGUUGAUUACUGUCAAGAGAAUCAAUCCAUUAGACAAGGAACCCGUGUUGUCACGAAGCAACUCCUUCGUUGGAUUACUGCAAGAAGUGUCUACAAACUUUUCCGAGUUGCACCGAAAGAACAGCUCACUACACAAGCAACGCUCUGGUUCGUUUGAAGGGUUUGCUCGUUGA